GGCGAGGCCAGGGAGCGGGGCCCGUCCGCGACUGCGCACUCGCGGACUAAGACGAUGGCGGCGGCCGCUCGGCGGGGCUGGGGAGUUGCGGCUUCUGCCGCCGGGCUGCACAGGCGUGUGCCUGCAUUUUGAUUGUCACCCACCAGAUGAGAUUCUGUCACAUGAUGAAUGCAUACACCCUUAAGAAACAACCUCUGCAUCAAUUUGUACGAAGACAACUCUUCCCACUACCUGCAGCCUUAUGUAACACAGUGAGAUACAUGUUUAUUCAAACACAAGAUACCCCAAACCCCAACAGCUUAAAGUUUAUACCAGGAAGACCAGUUCUUGAGACAAGGACCAUGGAUUUUCCCACAGCAGCUACAGCAUUUCGCUCCCCUCUGGCUAGGCAAUUAUUUAGGAUUGAAGGAGUGAAAAGUGUCUUCUUUGGACCAGAUUUUAUUACUGUCACAAAGGAAAAUGAAGAAUUAGAUUGGAAUUUACUAAAACCAGAUAUUUAUGCAACAAUUAUGGACUUCUUUGCUUCUGGCUUACCCCUAGUUACUGAGGAAACAUCUUCAGGAGAAGCAGGUUCUGAAGAAGAUGAUGAAGUUGUGGCAAUGAUUAAGGAAUUGUUAGACACUAGAAUACGGCCAACUGUGCAGGAAGAUGGAGGAGAUGUGAUCUAUAAAGGCUUUGAAGAUGGCAUCGUACAGCUGAAACUCCAAGGUUCUUGUACUAGCUGCCCCAGUUCAAUCAUUACUCUGAAAAAUGGGAUUCAGAACAUGCUGCAGUUUUAUAUUCCAGAAGUAGAAGGUGUAGAACAGGUAAUGGAUGAUGAAUCAGAUGAAAAAGAAGCAAACUCACCAUAAAAUAAUCUGACUUUUCUUGGGCACAACAAUUGGACUUAUCGAUAAUACAUACAGAGCUGUUGUUUUAAUAUGCUAAGGAAUUUGAGGAUUAAUUAAAAAAAUGUCCUUUCCUCAGAGAAUGAUAUAUAAAUGUUGCAUGUUUGCUUUACCUCACAUGAAUUAUUUAUAACAUCCUGAGUCAUCUUCUGUACACGUGGAUUUUGUCCAGGGAUAUUUUUAUUUUUGUUCCUCAUUUCUCAUGGUGCCUUCUUUGCUCAGUAUAUGAAGCAGUUUAGAAUACAUUUUUUUCCCAUCUGAUUUACUUAGUUUUUAUGCAGAAGUAAAUAAGGAGAAUGCUUUUUAAAAUAGUCUAAAGAGGAUUAACUUUUUGUGAGAUGUCUAAAACUAUUUAAUAGUUCUGGUUUUAAAAUGUUAUCUGGCUAGUAGCCACCACUGGAGUAGCAUAUAAUUUCUUGAUGAAAGACCAAAAGAUGUUUCUAAAUUACAAAAAAAAAAAAAAAAAAGGGUGGGAGAAUCACUUUGGGAGCUAGGGAUAUAGCUCAGUGUUAGAGGACUUGCCUGGCAUGUUUGAAGCACUGGGUCCGAUGCCCAGCACUACAAGAUAAACAAACAAAAA